AUUUACACGUUCUUGUUUAGUUCAACGGGUUAAUGUACAUUGCAACUGUAACUUGCUAGAGUUUGUCCGUCAACUGUUAUAUUUUUAGGAGGAUAGGUGGAGAUGGCGGCCGUCCUGCUCCAGAUUCUGGAGCGGACGGAGUUGAACAAACUCCCGAAAGGCGCCCAGAACAAGCUCGAGAAGUUUGUAACGGAGCUGCAGAAUGCUAACGAGGCGCUCAGGACGCAGCACGAGCGCUACAAAGCAGACAGCGAACAGCAGUACUUUGACAUUGACAAGAGACUCGCAGAGAGUCAGGAACAGUUCCUGAACAGUUCCAAAGAUCUGCAGACGGUCAAGGAGGAAAACAAAAAACUCAAUGAAGAGCUGAGCGCUCUGAAGGGAAUAGAGGGAGAGAGCCCUGAAGAUAAAGCACCACAACAGCAAACCAAAGCCAAGUAUGAGAUUGAGGCAGAGAAAAGAGAGCUGGCAAGGCUGCUGGAGAAGAGGACGCAGGAAGUGGAAAACCUCACUGAGGAUGUGAAGCGACUGAAUGAGAAGCUGACAGAGACCAGCAAAGUGAAGAUGGAGCUGCAGUUAAAACUGGAUGAAAUACAAUCAUCUGCGACUUCUGUUCAGCACCGAGAGAAGCGUAUGGAGCAGGAGAAAGAGUUACACGAGAAGAAAAUUGAGUGGUUGAAUGCAGAACUGAAGACCAAAACUGAAGAACUGUUGAACACCAGCAGGGAGAAAGGCAAAGAGAUACUGGAACUACAAGGUGCCCUGAAGACCAGCAAGGAGCAGGUGACCAGACUGGAAAGACAGGUCACUUCUCUGAAGCAAGCCAGUGAAAGCCAGAGUAAAAGAGCCGAAGAACUCAACAAUAAACUCAAACAGUCCAAAGACGAGCGGAGUGCCAUGGAGGAGAAAUACCGCAAUGAGCUCAACGCUCAUGUCAAGUUGUCUUCACUCUACAAGGGUGCAGCAACAGAUAUGGAGACAAAGAAUCAAGAACUGAGCAGAGCAGUGGAAGAGCUCAGCAAACUGGUUAAAGACAUGGGGGAAGCCAAUAAGGUUUUAGAAAAGAAAGUGUCAGAGGGAGAAGAGCUGAAGACACGGCUUGAGGCAGAGCUCAGAGAGAAGGUUAAGAAAAUGGAGAAAGAGUUGGAAAACGCCACAAUGAAGGCUGCUGGCAAACACUGCUGUGUGCCCUCUCUGACUGAGGCGCAGUUGGACACCAUGUGUCCAUCAGCAGCCGCCAUCGCUGCCAUCGUCAAGCCCGGCAUGAAGUUCUUUGAUCUGUAUAACGCGUACGCAGAGUGUCAGACGCAUCUCCAGCUGGAGAAGCAGGAGACCAGGAGAGUGAGCCGAGUUCUGGAUGAGAUCGUGCAGGAGGUUGAGUCCAAGGCUCCUGUCCUUAAGCGUCAGAGAGAGGAGUACGAGAGCAUGCAGAGAUCCAUGGCCUCUCUGUGCAACAAGCUGGAGCAGGCUCGAACGGAGAUCUACAGUUUGCAAAAAGAGAAAGAGGAGACCAAGCAGCGUGGUGAUGCCAUGGAGAGAGACAAACUGAGGACAGAGAGACAGCUAGAAGACACAUCUGCACAGGUGUGCGCUCUGCUGGUGGAGCUGGAGAAAGCUAAAGGCAAUCAGGUGACCAAGGAUGACGGCAGCUCCGCCAACAUUUCCAGCACCACCGAGACCGUCAGUCCACGCCCGCUGUCCUUCCGCAGCGUGGAGGAGCUGCAGGGGCAGAACCAGAGCCUGCUGAGAAGGCUGAGGGAGCUGGAGGAGGAAAAGGACAAACAGCAGAGCCAAGUGACAUCAGCGCGUGUGUCAGAGUUGGAGGCCAGUGUGGAUAAGCUUCAGAAGGAGGCGGAGCAACUGAGAGAGCAGAGGAACCAGCAGAAACAGCUGGUUGACUCCAACGCCAGGCAGAGAGACAUGUACAAGGCCCUGCUGACACAGAGCACCGGCUUCAGCCUGCCUCCUCACGGUUUGGAUUCUUCAUCCCACCCUGCUCCUGUUCGGCCCUCAGUCCCAGCUACUCGCUCCACUCCUCAGAGAGCUGCUGCUGCCGAGUCAGCACAGACCGCUCAGGCUAAAGCUGCUCUAAAACAGCUGAACGAUGCCUUCACUCUGUAUAAGAAGGAGAAGGCAGAGAACGACAGGAUGCUGAAUGAAACAAAUGACAGGCUACAGAGGCAGCUGACAGAGCUGCGCUCCAGCAACGCCAAGCUGACCUCUCAGCUGGAGUUCAGCAACAAGAGGUACGAGAUGCUCCAGGACACUGUAUCAGCGUACCGCAGAGAGAUCUCUGCACUGCAGGACAGGAACCAAAAGAUGGCUGCAACCACCCAACGGCAUGAACACAUCAUCCACACAAUGAGCCAGGACCUGCGACAGGCCAACGAAAAACUGGCACUGGAAGAGGUGCGGGUCGAAAACUUGACCAAAGAGAGAGACAUGUUGAGACAAGCAGAGAGUCGACUCAAUCGAGAGAGGGAAGCCAUGCUGGCUGAGCAACGCAACCAGAACCUGCUGCUCACCAACCUCAAGACUAUACAGUUAACAAUGGAGCGAACAGAGACAGAGACUCGACAGCGGCUGAACAACAAAAUAGAGAAUCUGGAGGCAGAACUGGCUUCUAUGAAGACUAGGCUGGACCAGGAAGUAGCACAGAGACACACCCUUGGGCGCACCAUGGACGCUCAGUUAUUAGAGGCUAAGAAACAGCUGGAGACCCAGAACACCUUGCAGCAGAAGACCAGGGAGCUGCUGCGUAGCUCUGAACAGCAGGUGGCCACACUGAAAGCCCAGCUGGCUUCUGCGUCAUCCUCCGAGGCCAUUGCCACCUCCAGCGGCACAACGACCCCAGCAAGCAGAGCGGCAGGCCUCAGAGUGCCACUGAGAGCUCCAGUACGCUCUCUAGUGCCAGCAGCCUCCCAGCAGCCCAGCCAAUCAGAGCAGGAGCUGGCAGAGGUGAAAGGCCUCCUGCGUACUGCGGAGGAGCAAAAGAGCGAGCUAGCAGAGCAGCUAAAGAAUGCUAAUGCAACAGUGGAGCAGUACAGAGCAGUGGUGCUGACUCUGGAGGACAGUCUGAAGAAAGAGAAGGAGUAUCGCUCCCCACUGGAGCUCCGGCUGAAGGAGUCGGAGGAGGUGCAGAAGCAGCUGGAGAAGAGGAUAAUUGAGGUGGAGAAGAUGAAGCAGCAGGAGAGAGAAGAAAGGAUGAAGGCUGUGGAUGCAGUGGAGAAACAGGUGUGUGAGGUGCAGCGCAGUCUGAAGUCCAGCCAGGCAGAGCAGCAGGAGGCGCUGGAGAGAGCUGCUGCUGCUGUUACACUGGAGCAAAAGGCCAUACAGGAAAGCCUGCUUCAGACUAAGCUAGCUGGAGAGGCACAGGCUAAGUAUGAGCGGGAGCUCAUGCUUCAUGCUGCUGAUGUGGAGGCCCUGCAGGAGCUGAAGAAAAAAUCCCAGCAAGAUGCAACACAGAAGAAGGAGUUGGAGGAGCAACUGAACAAGAACAUGUCCCUCCUGCAGGAGAAAACCGCAGCUUUGAACACAGUGGAGAAACAGCUGAAGGAGGAUCUGUCCAAUAAGAAUCGUCGCUGUGCAGAGCUGGAGAAGCACAACUCUCUCCUGCACCAACAGAUAGAUGAACUGGCCAACAAGAGUCGUCAGCAGCAAACACAACAGCAGCAACAGCAGCUUGACCUGUCAUUCAGCGAGGAGGGGAAGACCACUGAGCAGAUAUUAGAAAUACUCAGGUUUGUUCGUCGUGAGAAAGAGAUCGCUGUGGCUCAGUGCGAGGCAUCUGAUGGAGAAGCUCUUCGCUACAAACAGCGGAUGGAACACCAAGACCGAGAGCUGAAGGAGCUACAGGAAGCUCUGAACUCCGAGAGAGAGAAAAUGCAGGCUACAGCGAAGACUCUGGCCCAGCAGGAGGAACAGCUGAAGAAGAUACAGACCAUCAGUACUCUCCAAGAAACCAACAGGACACUGAAAAUGGACAGAGAUAAACUAGAACAGGAGCUACAGCAAGCUCAGGCUAAAGUGGCAAAGCUGCAGUCAGACAUCAGCCCAUUGCAUCACUCUCUGUCUGUGCUGUCAGAGAAAAAUGGCUCCCUGCAGGCUGAUAAGAGGAUACUGGAAGAAGACUUGAAACGCCUGAAGGCCAAAACACAGCAACUGGUUAACCAGCAGAAAGAUGGCGAUCUUGAGGAGAGACAGAAACUCACCACUGAGAGAGAAGCUCAGCAGAGACGCAUCACACAGUUAGCUGAAGAGACAGCCAAGCUGAAGACUGAACUGGCCAGAUCAAAUGCCAGCAGUAACUCGGCUCAGUCUCAGCUGCAAGGCCUCAGAGACUCGGUGGCCCGUCUGACAUCAGAGAGAGACACUCAGAAGAAAGAGCUGGAAACCAAAACCAGCGACAUUGUGGAGAAAAACAAGACCAUCACCCAGGUCAAGAAGAUUGGACGACGCUACAAGACCCAGUACGAGGAGCUGAAAGCCCAGCAUGACAAGCUGGUUGAGGAAACUGCUGCUAAAGCAGGAACUGAUGCAGGUCAGAGCCAGGAGGUGCAGCAGGAGCUGACUAAAGCCCAGGAGGAGCUCAACAAGACCAAAGAGGAGCUGAACACACUGAAAGAGGAGGUGCAGAAAAAACAGGAGGAGGCCCAGAAGUCUCAGCGGGAGACUGAGGAGGCCAAGAAGGAAAACCAUCAGAGCAAGGAAAAGUUCCAGGACAUUCAAAACCAGCUGACACAGAACCAGAACCAGCUGAAACAGGUCCAGACCCAGUUGUCCCAGACCCAGACUCAGCUGCAGCAGAACCAGAACCAGUUGAGCCAGAGUCAGAAAGAGCUUCAGCAAGCCAAGACCCACAGCCAGCAGGUACAAAACCAGUUGAAGUCAUCACAGUCUCAAGCUCAGGCCCGUCAGAACCAGAUUCAGCAGCUGCAGAGGGAGCUGCAGCAGGCUAAAGAAUCCCUCCAGCAGAACCUGGCCAAUCAGAAAGAGCUGCAACAGAACCACCAAAGCAGUCAACAGAACCACAACGAGGAAGUCAGCAACCUCAAGACAACUCUCAGCCAAGCAGAGAGCAAGGUGACAGAGCUUCAGGGCCAGCUGGACAGCCUGCAGAAGACGGUCAGUGAGCGCGAAGCAGACAUCAAGCGUCUGCAGGAGCAGCUAACUGAAGCUAACCAGGCUAAUGAAGCCAGCCAAGCUGCACAAGCCAACCAGAACCAGAGUUCCCAGUCUAUCCAGGCCAGUGAUGCUAAUGUUGCUAGUGAGGCUAAUCAAGAGGAGCUGACAAAACUCAGACAAGAGCUGUCUGAGAGCAAGAACAGAGAGGAGCAGCUCAGACAGCAGAUGGCUGAGAAAGAGGAAAAGACUAAGAAAGUCUUCAUGGGAGCCAAAACCAAAAUCAACCAACUAAACAGUGCUAAGGAGCAGCUCAGUCAGGAGGUAGAGGAGUUGAAACAAAAUAAGGAGGAAAUGGAGGUGAGAAUGAACGCCCUCAAGUCUCAGUAUGAAGGACGCCUUCUUCGGCUGGACAGAGAGCUCCGAGAACUGAGAGAGACACAAGCACUCUCUGACCCCAGAGAGGAGCCACAGGACCAAAGUGGAGCAAAGGUGGGUGAUCAGGCCAGAUCUGCAGACCAGAGACAGAUCUCUUUGAAGAGUCCUGCCCAGGACAGGGGAAGCUCCAGCCUGUCUGACCCUCCCACUGCCAACAUCCGCCCCACCACAAGCACUCCAUCUCCCAGCAACAAGCCAAGCCCCUCCCCUGGAAGCAAGGCCACACCCCGUGCCAGCAUCCGGCCAAUGGUUACCCCAGCAACUGUCCCCAUCCCAACACCUACCGCCACAGUCAUGCCGACCACACAGACUGACACCCAAGAGGUGCUGAUGGGUGCAGGAGCCUCCGUGCACUCUACAAGCUCCAGUCUAGUGAACACAUCAAUAACUCAGCCAACCAGCACCCAGGCCACAGCUUUUGUCCAGCCCACCCAGCAGCAGGCAGCCAAUCAGGAUGCAGGCCCCAGUAUGGAAGCAGAGCGACCAUCUACGUCCUCCUCUCUGAGCGGGACAGGUUCAAAGCGGGGCAGAGAGGAUGAUGAUGAGGAAGAGGAGAUCAGACCAGAGAGUUCACACACACCUCCCACCACUAAAAAACUGCGACUGAAACCUACGUUAGCACUGCAGAUGGAAGGUGAUGAGGACAUUGAAGGAGAGCUGAGGGACGAGGGAGAACGACAGGACUCACCGGAUGACAGUCAGGAGCUUCCACAGGACUGUUUCCCUAUUUUAGCUGGCGAUGAUGAGGACAUCGAGGAGGAGGGCGUUUCCCAGUCUGUCCCCUCUGAUCAGAUGUCCUCUCAGGGUUCCGCUGUUGUCCGGGACGUCAUCGUGAUUGACACGGACAGCGAGAGCCUCGAGAGCAAAGAGGGGGAGGAAAAGCAGGAGGACGAAGGUGAAGAAGAAGAUGAGGAGGAGGAGGAUGAAGAAGAAGAAGAAGAAGAAGAAGAAGAGGGGUAUAAGGAGGAAGAGGAGGAGGAUGAAGAUGAGGAUGAUGCUGGUGACAUCGGGAUGAGAGGAGAGGACGAGAGUAAUGAGGAGAGCAGGGAGGCAGGAGGUGAAGGAGGGGAGGAUGAGCCAUCAGAGGCCACCAGCGCUGAGGAGAACGUUUGUGGAGCGUCUUCAGACUCGCAGCGUCCCUCUGAGCCGUCACACAGCAACGAAGGCAGCAGCAGCGCCGCAUCAGAAUCCGACCCUCCCAGAGACCAAGUCCACUUCCCCCCUACCUCCUCCUCCUCUGUUCCCUCCCCCUCCUCCUCCUCCUCCAUCACACCCCGCCUGCCCCACCCACGGAGACCCCCACACCCCCUCCCACCACGGCUCUACAUCCAGCCUCCUGCUCCAGAGCUGGGACCCCCUCACACACAGAGACAGUCCUCGCAGCUGCGCAGACCAUCAGUAGGACGCGGACCUCAACUCACCCCUGGAAUAGGCAGCAUGCAACAUUUCUUUGAUGAUGACGACAGAAUGGUUCCCAGUACUCCCACUCUGGUUGUCCCACAUCGCACUGAUGGCUUCGCUGAGGCUAUACACUCUCCUCAGGUAGCAGGUCUGUCCACCAGGUUCAGGUUUGGACCUCCGGAAGACUUGCUACCUCAGACAUCAGCCUCACACUCUGACCUGGGACAGCUGGCUUCUCAAGGAGGUCUGGGGAUGUAUGAGUCUCCUCUGUUCCUGGCUGCUCAUGAUGAAGACGGAGGAGGACGGAGUGUCCCCACUACACCUCUACAAGUGGCUGCACCAGUGACCGUCUUCACAGAGUCUCUGCCCUCGGACAGCGGUGACAACAUGGCAUCCCAGUCAGUUCCCAUGGUAACCGCCUCCACUGGGUUGGCUUCCGCUGCAGAUGAUGGAGAUGAAGUGUUCAUGGAGCAGGAAGGAGAGGGCCCCGGUAUUGAAUCGUCUUUAGAGAGCCAAACAGACAUGGAGUCAGCAGGACAGCAGAGUGACGACGCAUCACUGCCGUCGACCAGCCAGGACCCUGACACCAGCAGUGCAGCUCAGCGCCGCACAGUGAGCAGUCUGAUGAGCAGAGGAGCCAGAGGAGGGAGGGGCGAAGCCCGGACGUUACUCAGCCGCAGAGGGACUUUCUCACGAGGAGGAAGGGGCGGAGCCAUGGGCAGAGGCGGCAUCGCCUAACUAUGAUGUCACCAGCAGCAGCUCAGCCGUCUCAUCCAAUAAGAAAAUGAAAAGAUGACGCUUAUUUCUCUAAUUAUUUUCUUUGUAGAAUUUAGAGACAUUGAGUAUUUUCAAUAAAUCUGUCCAUUCAAAAGCAAUUAUCACACUAUAAAAUGAAACAUAUGACCGUUUUGGAUGUGUGCGAUCCUCUCUGAGAUAUGUGAGGUCACAUUGUGAAACCCAGUAAGGUUUUUUUUUUUAGUUUUGUGUUGUAAUUUUAGUUUGACAUGUAUUCAUGUAUCUUUAUUUCGCUAUGUCUUUGGCCUGUUGAUACACUUGUUUUAAUAAUAAAGAUGAAUUAUGAGUAGCGGC